AUGAGGAUCUUGCCGAUCUUGCAUCUGCGAACGGACCAGAUCGUGAACCCAGUGGCCCUAGCGACGGGAGAUGCUCCACUUGCUGGAGACUACAGAUUCCGCGAGUCUCCGCACGAAGCUAGAGUGAAGCUAGGGUUGAUGCCCAGCCCGUCUCUGAGGAGGAGGAGGGUGGAUCAGAUAAACAUCUCCAUGCCGACCAAUAUUCACCGCUUGUUUUUUGCCCAGUGGAUACGCUCGUGGUCAAGAACGAAAACGAACAGCGGGCAAAUCCUGCUGGAACCUGAUCCCGGGGGGCGCACAGAGAGCUUUGGUCGAGACCCGGUACUUCUGUCCCCUAGCAGUCGAUCCAAAUUUGGUACCGAGCAAAAUGGCGGACGACUAGAGCAAACACCGUCGCAUUCGUCAGAGCAGGGAAUCAUCCGAGAUGUCAGCCUGAACUGCGGGCCGAAAGGGCCGCGGCCCUUUUCGACACCCGCUCUGCACACCAUAAUUGCCGUCAGCCCGUCGAAGCUAUCCAUUCCCGAAGCCCCCAAGGUCUGA